GAAGAGAGAGAAAUAGUUUUCGGUACUCUCUCGCCGUCGUGUCGGCCGUAACUAUCGUCGUCGGGCUUAUUGUCGCGCGCGCACAAGUCGUGAGGGGAAAAGAAAAAAAAGGGAGCGAGUGUACGGUGGUGUGGUUUUGGCCGCGCGUCAACGAUUAUCACCGAUAGCAGCAAUAACUGUGUUUAAUCAUAUGAUUUAUCUGGAGAGGAAAGAUGCAGAAUGUAGUACAAGGAACGACCUCGGAUAGCCAGAAAAGCCACGAAAAGCAAUCCGCAGCAGCAGCGAACGUUCACUACGAAACUGGGAAGACAUCAAAUUCAAGCCCUACGAAGUCGGAAAUCGAGAUGGUCUUGGAGCUGCAGCCACGUUUAAUGAUGGAAAGUGAGGAGGACAGCGUUUCCGAGGUCCUCUUGGCGAUGAAUGCUAAUGUAGAAGAUCGUGGGGACUGUACCGGCUUGAUGAAAGCCGCCAGUGCAGGACACGUAGAUAUCGUGAGUCUGUUGAUCGCUCACGGAGCAGAUGUCAACGCUCAGUCUACUACAGGUAAUACACCUCUUAUGUAUGGAUGCGCCGGUGGACAUGAAGAGGUUGUACGUGUCUUAUUAGAAGCGGGAGCUAAUGUUAACGAUCAUAAUGAGAAUGGUCAUACACCGUUAAUAAUAGCGGCGCGUGAAGGUCACAUAGAUUUGGCUAUGCUUCUGAUCGAGAAUGAAGCAAACAUCGAAGAAGUUAACGAUGAAGCUUAUACAUUGUUAAUGAAAGCAACGCGUGAAGAUGACGUAAAAUCGGCUAUGCAUCUGAUCGAACGUGAAGCAAACAUCGAAGAUCCUUUUUAAAUAAUAGAUUUGUUAUAAAUAAUAGAUUUUAUUAUCAAGUAAAAAAA